CUUUUUCAAUCUACAAACGAAUGUAGUAGUAAUGGUAAUACAACUAAUCCGGCGAAUUUAUUUACCAAUCAACAAACACCAUUCUAUGCUCGAUAUACCAAUGAUUACGAACAAAUUUAUCGAUCAACAACAACAUUUCCAUAUCCACCUUCAAACGUCUCGGGACCCGUCUUUCCUCCGUCAACUUCAACAUCCUCAUCGACGUUCUACACACCGAAUAUGUUCGAUGUUCAUAAUGUCUAUUUGUAA